CUGGACCUGGCGGGGGCGGGUCCGGUCUAGGGCCCGGGUGCAGCCGCUGUGCGAGCCGCUGAGCGACUCGGAGGCGCAGGGCGGCCCGGGGAUUUGCUUUCCUGCUGCCUCCGUUUCCCCCGGGGAGGAAAGUUACUUCGCCGCCGCGGGCAGGGCGUUUGCAGCUGCAGGGAGCCUCCCUCUUUCCCCGGCGCGGAGUUUGCACCGCAUCGUCCUCGCAGCGGGGAGCUUCUCCCCUCUUGGCAUUGCACCGUCCCCGCCGGGAGCCGCCCGGGGAGCCGGGCUUUGCAUUGCAGCGGGCCCUGAGCCGGCGCCGCGGAGACCGGUCCUUCUGCCGGGGCGCCCCGGGGAGCGGGGGAAGCCUCGCCCCGCCCGGCGUCAUGUCCCUGCUGCGGGUGGCGGAGCCGGAGCCGCCGCUGCAGCGCUGGCUGCCCACCCACGUCCAGGUGACCGUGCUGCAGGCCCGGGGCUUGCGGACCAAGGGAGGGGGCGGCGGGGGGAAGCCGGGCACCAGCGACGCCUACACCAUCAUCCAGCUGGGCCGGGAGAAGUACAGCACCUCGGUGGCGGAGAAGAGCACGGGCAGCCCGGAGUGGAAGGAGGAAUGCUCCUUCGAGCUGCCCCCGGGGGCCCUGGAGCUGGGGGAGCCGGCGGACUGGGGCGGGGGCUCCCCCCGCGGCAAGGGGGGCUGCCAGCUGGUGCUCACCGUCAUGCACCGGGCGCUCAUCGGCCUGGACAAGUUCCUGGGCCAAGCCACCGUGCCCCUGCAGCCGGUCUUCAGGGAGAGCCGCUCCAUGAAGAGCCAAUGGCACAAGCUACAUUCCAAGGCUGGGAAAAAGGAGAAGGAGCGAGGAGACAUCCAGGUCACCAUCCAGUUUACCCGCAACAACCUGACGGCCAGCAUGUUCGAUCUUUCCAUGAAGGACAAGCCCCGGUCGCCCUUCGGCAAGCUGAAGGACAAAAUGAAGGGGAAGAAGAAAUAUGACUUGGAAUCUGCCUCUGCUAUCAUCCCCAGCAGCAUGGGGGCCCUCGACAUGGAGGAGGACUAUGAGCUAGGGGGCAAGAAAUCCAAAGGCAAGGGCGGUUUCUUCAAGAACAAGCUCCGCAAGUCCUCCCUGACCCAGUCCAACACCUCGCUGGGCUCCGACAGCACCAUCUCCUCAGCCAGCGGUAGCCUGGCUAACAACUUUGGCAUAACCAUCAAUGUUCCCGAGGUAACCAAAUCCCCGAGCAGACACAGCAGUCUGUCCAUAGAGCGCUCUGUUAAAGACUAUCUGCCUUCGCCAAAAUUAACCCACAAGAGAGCAUUCAGUGAUGAGAUCUCCCAGCUUAACGUGGUAGCUGAGCCAAAAGCUAUCCAAAAUCUGAAGCCAAAGGAUGACCCUGUUUCCAGAUCCCCUCUCUGUGUCAAUGGAAGCCAUGUUUAUAGUGAUGAACCUGCACCAAAGAGCCCGAUGUCUGGCCUACCGAGCUCCUUGCCGCUGUCCCUGCCUCUACAGAAUAUCGCCAGAAAGUCUGAGGAGGGUUUCCAUGCUGGCUACCCUCUUCCUGACUCUGAAAACCUGCCAUGGGGAGUCAGGCAGCAGAAAGAAGAGCCCAGAUUCCUUCCCUCUCCUCCCAGCCUAGCAGUACAAGAGGAGAACAAGGUCUCAACCAAAGCUGUAACCCUCAGCAACCAUCUAGGUAGAGCCAAGUUGGAAGAAGGCAGCCGCUUAGAGACCAGACCUGUGCAGAUCGCAACGCCAAUGGUCUUCUCCAUAGAGGUGAUGAAAGACAAAUCACUUGAGGAAACCAGAAAGGAAGAUAAGAAGUCCAAGGUUGGCCUCUUCCACCAUGGGGGCACUAAAGGUGAUGCAGGGAACAAGAGCUUGGGGGAGAAGCUGGGAUCAUCCCUGACCAUAUCUCCACAAGUAACAGCUGCUGGAGAUGAGAAGAGUAAGAGCAGCAGCUGGUUUGGAUCCAAGGACACCAAAGAACCUUCUCAGAAACCCAGCCUGGAAGUGUCUCCUAAGGUAGAAACCAGCUCAGAUGCACCUUCUCACUUUUCCCCUUGUUCCCCUGUCCAGUGUCCUCCUGCUGGUAUAGUCCAUCCUUCUUGCAUGCUAAGCACUAACCUUUUAUCUGCUACUGAAGAAAGCCAGUUUGGAUGCCUGUCCCCUACCAAUCCAUUCCUCCACUCCCUGCACAGCAACCCUUUCUUUGAGGACCUCCUUGCUGACCAGGUACUAAACUCUCCUUCCCCUACUCACUUUCUCUCUAGUUUCCAGUCUGGGUCGCAUGCUACCAAAGAGGUCGUUGGGCACGUUUAUUCCUCUGAGGAUUACAGUCCCUCUGCCUCCCUAGGACUUCACAAACCACAGCAGGAGUCUUCAAUCCAAAGCGCUGGAGCCCCUAUUCCAGAAGCCACUCCCACAUCCCAAGAACUCAGCCCUCCUCGAGAACAGACUCCUGCUACUCCUCCCGUCUCUGACUGGGAUGACACCUUUGAUGCCUUUGCGACAAGUAGACUCAAACCAGAAAUUCGGGAGGAAAGCCUUUUGGAUUCUGUAGUUAUGGAGGGCCUGGCCUACGUCGAUGAUCCAAGUCCAACAGGAAGCCCAGCUGAACUGGUUCAUGAAAACCAGACUGAGAAAGCUAAGGCUGAGCCACAAGGUGCUGAUGAAGUGUCUCUAGGUCCAGGGUCCUGGGCAGAUGUCGCAAUCUUAAAAGAAAUGGAGGCAAACGUACUGAAAACAGCACAGGAAGUUAACCUGAGAGAAGAUGGUGUGUUGGGUCAUUUGGGCUCUCUGUUGGAGAGUGAGAGAACUAGCACCUCUCAAGCCUGGUCUGCAUUGGGAGCUUUGGGGAAGGAGGAGGAUGCAGCAGCAUUGACUACUCAAAAUAGUGCCAGAGAGAAAUGGGACAGCGAAAUGGUGCACGUAGAAAAACUGACUGUAGCAUACAAUGAGGAGGAGCCCAAUAGUGCAGGGGAAGAUGAAUGGACAACCACGGCCACAGAAACAAUUGGCGGUCCAUGGGAAAGCGACCAAAUGGUCACUGAGAAGGAACACGAGAUUCAGGAGAGCAUGUUCAGGCCAUGUUCCGAUGAGGGCAUCUUCGAAGAGGAAAGCAGCCCUGUGAGUGCCCCAGGCCUAUUGACCAAAAGCAACUUAGUCUUGGAGAAACCCAGUGAGGCACUUCCUCAGAAUAACGCUGCCCUAUCGCUGUUGGUGUCAAAAGUGGAAGCGGCGGAGAAGCCAUCAGCUGUAGUCGACAUCGGUGAUGGUCAGGAUUCUAGUAACACAGAGGGGAUGAUUGAUAUAAAGCCACCAGAAGGUGGGCUUCAGACUAGUGCACAGCUGGAGGCAGAUGAAGCCAGCAUGAAACUAGGCUCUGACUUUCACGAGAGACACAUUUCCUCCACCGUAUGGACUGAGACCCCAGAGAGGGAGGAGGAGAGCAGUGGGGCAGCUGGUUUGGAGAUAACCAUGGGGGCACCACCGCCAAAGCCUCCGAGAUGGUUCACACCCUGGGAUUUCAGAGAGGAAGAUGAUGAGGCCAAUUUGGACACACACAUGAGCCAGCAAGGCAACGAAUAUCAGUGUGAAAAUGAGGAGGGCCCAAAGGUUGCAGUUCAGCCGCAAUAUACCCAUGUAAGCCGAGAGAAUGUUUCCCCCGUGGCUCCCAGCCCACCUGUGUUGGGAGCAGCGAUAAUUGAAGCAAAAGCAAGGCGAGUCCCUUCGGUUGCUGGAGAUGUUGAUUCUGCCACAGAGGACUGGGUGGCUAAUUUGAAGGCAAGAGCUAAUGAGUUCACAAAACGGGACACCUCUUCUGGGGAAAACCUGCUAGAGAUAAAUGAGGAGACUGGGGCUGAGCAGUUCAAGACUUGCCCUUCGAAAUUCUCACUAGACAGAUUAGGCCUGUCAGAUGCUGAAGAAGACUCAAACAAAUUGGAAAUGGUAAAGCCAGGUUUCCCCCCCCAGUCACAACAGCUCACCGAGCGACACUCCGGCGCCAGGUGGGGCUUGUCGGAGACCGCACCGGCGUUCCCAGAGAGGAACGAAAUACUCCCUGAGCAGCUGAUUCCUUCAAAGCCCGAUAUUCCCAGAGAUCCAGAAUCCAGCCAAUCGGUGCUGUUCUGCACAGCUGUGGAGGAGCAGCGGCCCGCUACGCACUACCCAAGCCCCAGCCCAGCUGACCAGCUUGAAAGGUUAGCUCUUCAAGAGCAUCCCUCGCAGCCAAGGCCUACAUCGGGGAAGGGAGAUAACCAGGGACAUCUUGGCAAAGCACCAGCCCAGCCAGCUGAAUGGGAGCCUCAAACCCCAGAAGCGUUAGAGAGCCCGACCUGCGGGUCAGAGCAGGGUAGCUAUUCAGCUGACAGGCCCAAGCCAUUGUCGAGUCAGCGGCUUAGCUGGUCAGCGGAUCAAGUGACAGACUUCAAAAAGGCUGAAUUCUGGAGGCCAGUUAGUGGGGAGGAGAGCAGAGAGCAGGCUGACACUUCAACCCUGGGCAACCCUUUCACCCCCAGAGUCAGCCCCUCGUCCCCAAACAAUCCCUUUGUGGAAAAGCCAUCAGAUGUGCUCCCGAUUCAGGCCACGUCACCCAAAAUUCCUGGUCAGGGAGGCUUAAACUUCAAAGACCUUCAUGAGGAAGCUGCUCCCCAUGGCUUCCAGCCCGCUAACCUCCCUGAGGACCAGCUAGUUGAGCUUCCUUUCUUGCAUGGCAACCAGCCCUUGGCCUUCUCCACACCUUCCCUUGUGGCUGCGACUAACCCCCAGCAAUUCAAUUUCCCUUCCCCCAUCGUGUGCCCUACAACUAGUGGGGUGCCUGCGGUGACCAGCUGGGCAGCAGCUCAGUCCUCCUGCCCUUUGCUGCAGACCGGUGGCAUGAAAGUCUCAACGCUCACGGUUUUGCCCAAGGAGACACAGCCAGCUGAGAAGCCCUCUUUCCAUCAGACAAGCAGUCCUCAUCCAGUGAAGCCCGUAAGUGCUGCCAUGGCAGAGGUCUCCGGGGAGAAGAAGCAGCACAAGUCUACCUUGACCACUGCCCUGAGCAGUGGCCUGGAAAAGCUGAAGACUGUCGCCACGAGUAGUGUCCAGCCAGCGACCCCUUCAUCGCAGCUGGAGAAAAUGGAGUCCAAAAAGCUAAAGGAUGCUGCUCUGCCUGACCAGUCUGCCAAGUAUUAUCACCUGACCCAUGAUGAACUCAUCCAGCUGCUGCUGCAGAGGGAGAAGGAGCUGAGCAGGAAGGAGGAGCAUGUCCAUGAACUGGAGAACUACAUUGACCAGCUGCUGGUGCGCAUCAUGGAACAGUCUCCCACCCUCCUUCAGAUCCCCCUGGAAAAAAACACAACCAGCAAGUAACCUCUGCUCAGAAAUCUCCUUGGCGUCACUUGCCCACAGCACUCCAGCAAUAAACACGCCAAAGACACCUGAUUCUUCCCUGCGCACACACUGUCUCCACCUCUUACAAGUAAAACCCAAGAGGGCUCUGGUGGCCCACACAAAUUUGCUGAGAGUCUUUCAGUAAAGACUAGCUGUAUCGCCUAACAAAUGUACUCUAGAUCCAACGACUGCAUCGGGGCAUAGAACACUGCAAUGCCCAGCCCGUGAACUGGACUUCUCCCCCAUGGCCUGACAGAGUGGUUCAGGAACAUCUUGCACAGAGCUCCUGCCAAAGCCGUAAGGAGUCCCUGGAACUGGACGUCUGAAAAUUGGAAAUGUGCCAACUAGCCCCUGGCUUCAAGCUACCACCCCUGCCUGUGUUCCCAAAUGACCCUGUUCUAUCAGAAAUGAGGUGUCCUGGCUUGCUAGAAAGUUCUCUGAAUCGCUGCAACAGCUGAGGAAUCUUACGUGUGACACCUGAAAAUCACAAGUGUGUGGCUCUUCCCCAUGUUGCUGUGCAUGCCAGUGUGGCAAGGGGUGAGUGGGAGGUCUAGCUUCACCUCUCUUCUUGUGUUUCGAUGGGCACCAUUUCUUUGCCAGCCCAAAGGAAAGGGUUCCCCAUCCAAUUGGCAAGCUCCUCUCUAAGCACUACAUUCCUGGCCAUAUGGGAGAUGAGACAAAAAGUGACACUGGUGAAAUCGGCUGACCGUGACGAGCUGUAUUGGUAACUUUACUGCAAGUUUGCCUCUGUGACAAAACCAACUCUUCCUUACCCAGCUCAGACUAGAACUUCAGCUCCAGGGCUUCCGAGGAAGGGACCUGUUGAUGUUCAUGCAGCAUCUGUCCCAUAGAACUUGCUUCACAAAGCCACCUUACCCAUCACCCAUGCAUAUGCUACAGGCACACUCUGUGGACUUGUUGGCAUCAGUGACUGCUGAUAUUUCUGCACAGUGUUGUCUCAUUAAAUGCCUCUUUCCGUGUUUACAUGGCGUGUUUGAAACCAUCAUGGCCCUUGACGCUACUUGCCUACUUCUUUGUAUGUGUUUUUCUUUUUAAUGUGCCUGGGAGAUGCUGUAAGAAACAGAAGCUAGAGUGUGACUGCCCACCCCUGUCUGCGUGCAUGACAGCAAAUUUAGCCAGACACCAGACAGACAGUCUGCAAUAAACUAGCAAUUCACCAUUCUAAAAUACCCCCAGGAUUAACAUUAUGCCUAGGGCUUUCUCCCAUCUAUUUCGACGUCAAGACUCUUAAAUCUUGUGCCAGUGCCUAGAUGUUUCACUGGGCCAGCACUCUCAGGAAGUGUAUAUGUAGUGUUUGAUUUUGGGGCCUCAAUGAACAAGCUCCUUGUUGGCUGGUUGGUUUAGUAGCUGCAAAUAUGGUGAGUCCUGAGGCUUGGUACAUCUGGCCACAGUAGAAAACAGCAUAGUUGCUGGUUCUGAUGUUUACUUGGGCGGGGCCAGAAGUUGCUGCUGUCUUCCAUUUGGGUUUUUAGCUUUUGUCAGUUUCUUCCCUCUGCUCCAUCAAGGCGUUGGGUGGCAGGUCCUCUUGCAAGUGAAGGAGUGGCCGUGUAAUCCCAUCAAGACAGUGAGGACAGGGCCUGGCACCUAACUCGAGUUGGACUUCAGUGUCCUCAGCCUGGCAAAGGGGCAUUGUUUCCACUGGAACCCCUGAAGUUUUUGCUGUCAUUUUUAAGCUUUUUUCACAUUCUUUCACUGUUACCUGUUUAAAUGUAUUAAAUUGACUUCAGAAAGUUGUGCCUUUUGGAAUAGAAUAAAGGCAGUUUCCUGUUUAAAAUGGUUGAUUCUUUAAAUCCAACCUGCAGUCCAAUGGAUUAUUGUCCUUACCUAGCCCAGCCUUGCAAAAUUCUACCUGCCCACCAGGCUCAGGUAAGUUGGAGGUGGUGUUGGUUUGUUUUUUAAGGCAAAUAAAUCAGACCAUCGUGGACAAAUGGUGGGCAAGUAGCUUUGUGUUCUGGGGCUGGAACACUUUUAUGUAAGGCUGGUGUAAAUUAAGUUUUCUAUAAGGAUAGUCCCUUGAAAACACUGGCCAUGAGCAUUUCAGUCCUAUUUGCCUUUGUUUCUAAUAGAAAAGAAGUCUGGGGUUUGCACUUGUCUGCCUGCAUUGUUGUUCUUUGUGUGCAUGUGUCUUGGGGAGGGCGGGGUUUUAAGAAAUGUGUCCAGCUUUUCUUUCUUCAUACAAGUUCAAGUACCAAGGACUUCUCCUUGCAUGUACAAUCAAAAGGUUCCCCUAGAGUGAGAGCCAGGUCCCUUUCCUGGUUGUAUGCCUCUUGGAAAAUGUCUUCCUUUUAUGUGAGGAGGAGUUACAUGCAGUGUGGUGUAAGGAGGCAAAACUUGCGUAAAAACAAUUGUGCAACUAAACCUACCACACCAGGGCAUGGAAGGGAGGGCAUGAUCAAAGACAGUUGAGCUGCAAUAUGGAGCCCUAUGUCAGAUGGGCAUUAAAAAGGAGGGAAGUCUGUAGUAUUUCAUCUCUAUGAGAAUAAAUGUGUCCACACUGGCUUUUCAGCAGCCUGUGUAUAAAAGAUGCAUGCCCCGUUCGGUCUCUCCUCUGAAAUAUACCUGCUUCCUUGGGUGGCACAGCUCUCUGACGUGGGACUGGCAUCAUUUCACUGUUCUUCCAGCGUACCAUGCAGCAGAAACAUAGAGACCAAAUCGUGCUUCCUGGUACCAAACCAUUCCUCCUGUUGGCUUGAUCCCUGGACAGCCUCUAGAGCCAAUUAGUUGCUCCCUUGGCUAGUCUUUCUUGCAGGAUUUUGUUUCAUCUUCCUCAUCCUGAGGACUGACUUAUUGUAGGUGCUUUCCAUACCCACACAAGUGCUAAUGUUUUUAAAGAGCUCUCUGCACCCCAUCCACUGCUUCUUAAUCCUUUUAUGAUUUAAUCACAUCUACAAAAUCUCUCUGCCUUAGUUUUCUGCCUUGUCAAAGCUUGAAUGUUUGCCACUUUAUCUAUUCAAGAUAAUCUUGAAGAGCUGCAUCACAAAGAACUGUACCAGCACAAUGGACUUGUUUAACGAUAAGCCUGUUUCCUUUCCAUGACCUGUCCUCCCUCUGAAUGUUACUGCUGUGUGAUUGAACCCCAUAGGCCACCUUGCACCAAAAGAAUCCACUCAGUGAGAAGUUGUACGUAGCCUAAAACGCUGCCAAGCGGAUAGAUUUAAAAUGUUCAAGCCUUGAUUCUACACUAGCAGGGAUGCUCCGAGAAACCACCUGGGAGACUCCACGUUCUUGGUGGAGCAGGUACUGCAUGGACAGCACAACAUCUGAGUUAACCAAAGUUAGUGUGUCGGGAGUAUGGCACAAACCUAAUGAUCAUCAUGGCUAAGAGGGUGUUGUCCCUCCCUCCCCUGUUUUGGGUCUCAUCUAAUUGACCGUUAGACUUUUCAGAAGUCAGGCAUUUGUGAUUGAACUUUGGCUAGGGAAAGGCAUCCUUGAGGAGAGGUUUCUUUGGUAAGUCCACUUACUAUUUUGUCCUCCAUUCCUUCACUACCUUACAAAACUUUCUUCCCAAGUGAUUAUGUGCCACAUAAUGGAGCAGAGAAUGUUAAAUAUGCCACAAGUGUCCAGAGAACUUGGUUAAAUCAAAGUGGCUAUUUAAUUAACUUCAUUUGGUACUAAAAAAAAUGUAUUGGAGAGGCUGAUGUGAAGAUUUUAAAAUGUAGAUGUCUUACAAAAAGAGGUAGGAGAGAGCGGAAUACAAUAGAAAUGUAUUUGUCUAAAAACUAUUGAUGUUCCUGUCCUGCAUCCGUAUUUAAAGGAGGUGGUUGUGUGAAAACAAGGAGUUGAAAUGAAUGUCAUUGUCCCUAUGUACCAGUCUAAUGCUGGAACCCUUUUGGUGAGGGUUAGUCACUGCAGGUGAGAUGACUUUUGUAUGUCUAGAUCACCUGCUGUCAACAGUGUGCCUAUUUAUUCAGUUUGAAACAAGGCCAUUCCCGUAACUUUGUCUUUCAUCCCAGUAUAUUCGGCCUCUUCCCCCCACACAAACUGCUUUGCAGGGUUUUUCUGCAGAUGUGCAGCUGAUUGCGUUUAUGUUGUGCUUUGUUGUCAGCCCAUAGGGUCAGUAAACUUUUAUUUAAAAAGGAAGCCCAUCAAGCAGUCUGUUUCUUUAUUUUCUCUUCUGGCCAGGGGUGAACGGGGUACAGAAGAGAUGUCCAGUAAUGACCUGAAACUGGAACAAACCUGAAGGGAUAUGGAUACUGAACAGUGUUUUGUAAAUCCAGUCUAUUUGAGUUGGUUGAUCUUGUUUGUAAAAAACCCAGUAUGUUCAGUGCUAUAAAUGAGUGUUGGAAAUGCACCCAAAAAAACAGGGUUAAGAGUAUUCAAAUCUGGGGGGUAUGUUGAUUUCCUUAUUCUUCACAGAGUUGGGAAGAGGGUUCUGCUUAUGUUUCUUGAUUUAAUAGUUACAACUAAUGUUUAUAAAGAGCUUGUUAUUUACGUUUUAAGCACUUUAAAAAAAAUAAAAAUUGUUCAAGCUGUUCCUA